AUGUUUGGUGGUCCACAUCCCUCCCGCAACGAAUACAACAGCGAAGCGCUUGCUGGUUUGUUCGCUGGCGAAGCGGUUCGGGUGGACAAUGGGCAGGAGAACAAGGUCAAUGAGAGCGCCCUGGAGAAAGCAGGUGUGAUGAUGGGGAGGAUCAAAGCGUUCGACGAAAGUGGACUGCGCAAGCUUGCACAAGAUCCGACCGUCGAGCUCUUCAUGCCCAGCUUCAUGGAAGAAGAUGUCAGCAUAGAUCUUCCUGCUCGCUGGAGGUCGCAGCUGACCAUUGGGAAGGUGCUCGGCGAGGGAACUUUCGGGAAGGUCUUCAAAUGCCAAGUCAAGUGUGACCCUACGAAGUCCGUCACCGUGAAGUUGAUCAAAGACAAAACAACGGAUGUCUAUAACGAGAUCAAAAUCUUGGAGUCGAUGCAGGGCGUCUCGGAUUUUUGCAUCUCAUCCAUCGGAAACCCAACAUACAUCAAUGCUCCUGAAGGCUACUGGAUCAUGAUGCCUUUGAUGAAUAGCGGCGAGCUGUGGGACUUGGUCGAGAAGUGCGCCGAGUCGCUUCCUUGCACCCUCAGUAAGCGGAAAGCAUGGAAGUGGGUGAAGCCGAUGUACAACGAAGCAUUCAUGCUGAUGCUCUUCCAUGACAUCGUCAAGGGCGUGCAAGCAUUGCACCAACGAGGCUUAAUCCACCGUGACUUGAAGACGCUGAAUGUCAUGAUGAACUGUGUGGGAGAUAACUGCUACGCAGCCGUCAUCGAUUUGGGAUUGGCGUGUGACAUGAACGACAAAUACGCGUGCAGUUGGGCAGGGACGCCCGGCUACAUUCCGUGGGAAGUUUACCCAGACUAUGCGCUACAGGGCUCGAACGCGUACCGCUAUCCGAGUCGGGAUGUCUGGGCGCUGGGUGUGAUUCUCUACGAGCUUCUCUACUCCGGCUUUCCUCCCUUCUGGGGCGAUCGGGACGGAAGCAAG